ACCCGGAAAUAAACAACAUAAAACAAAAUCUGCUGCUGCGUAAUUCUCUUGUAACGAUUUAACGAGUGAGACAUUUAGUGAAUUCAAUCAAAUUUGAAAGAAUCUAUCCUCUCAGACGACCACACUCCCCAACAUGAGCAAUAAUCCUGACACCACUGCUAAUCAGUAUGACAAGGCCAAGGAAGUACCCCAGGGGCAGGGCUACCCCCAGGGUGGACCCCCUGCAUAUGGACAGGAGGGGGCAUACCCUCCACAAGCCCAGUACUACCCCCAGGGUCAGCCAUAUGGUCAACCAAUCACAGGCCAGCCUCAGACUGUCAUGGUGGUCCACACUCCUAUGAUCAACCCGCCUCCAGAUCACAUGAUUUACGCCAUCGUGGUAACCAUUUUCUGCUGCUGGCCCAUUGGUAUUUUCGCCAUUAUGAAAGCUCUCGCCUGCAGAGAUGCCAUUAAUCGCGGCGAUAUCACCGAGGCCCAGGCAAAGUCUGCCGAAGCUCGUCGCAUGUCUCACUGGGCUUUGGGUGUUGGCAUUGGAUUUAUUGUUCUGAUCAUCUUGUUUCUGGUUAUUUUUUAUGCAGCAGUGCUGCCCUCUUUGUUUCAUAGUUACAAUGAAUACGAUUAAUUUGCGGUUAAGGACACACACACUGAGCAUCAGGCCCUUCUAUUGUGACAUUGUAAUUUCCCUGGAAAUUUUAACACAUUUCCUUUUAUCAUCAAAGCAUACAAUAUUCAAAACCAUUGCCCUUUUUUGAGUUUAAAACUUGUAAAUCUUACCUUUAUGAGUGGAAUUCACCAGUCUCUAUUUCGAUGGCAAGAGUGACUCAAAAACUAGAUACCUUUUCAUUGUGUAAAGAUAACACCCGGUGUAUGCCUUAUAGGGCAUGAGACUUCACACAUUAUUAUUUGAAAGAGAAACUGUGUAUGUGUUGUACCCACUUCUCCACCCUCUUGCCUAUCAAAUCUGUUAUACCAAAUUUAUUUUUUUGAUUAUUUUUAUUUCUUCAUACCCCUGAACUGUUAUAUUUUAAUAGUUCUAUUUAUGAUACAGGGAACAAGCUAAGCAAGUGCGCAUGAGGAAGUGGACGGUUUAGUAAGAAAUAUAGGUUAUUCCUUUAUUAGAGCCAGUCAGUGAGAGCACCUAUGGUGAAACCAUGGUUUGCAAUUUUAUUUAUUUCUUCAUUUUGUUGUUUUGUUCUUUCAUGUAGUGAAUGGUAGUAGUCUAAAAGGUAAUAACUUUUGGUUUGGUAAAACAUUGUACAAUAAUUAUUGUAAAUGAUAGUAGUCUAAAAGAUAAUUAUUGCACAAACAUAUUUUGAAGAAAUUUGAUUUUUAGUCUGGCAGAAUCACCACCAACAUUUAAAUUAUCACUCUAAUUUUAUUAUUAUUUUUUAUUUCACAUGAUUUCUUAAGGGAUUUUAUCUGAGAAAUUAUUGAUUGGUAAUUUUUAUCAAGUUAAUUUCUAUGGCUGCAAGUUAUGGGGCCAAAUAUUGUGAUUAAUUUUAGUUGUCAUAUCUUGUAAGUUUAUGUUUAUCAGGCUUAAAAUGCCUGUGCUUUUAAUUUAACCUUCACUGUUUGAAUGGAGUACAUUACACCCCAGGUAUCUAAGCUGUUAUAGAAGAUUUUUAUGUCCUGAUUAACUCUGAUCUUUAUGACCAGUUUUUAGCCCAGAUACAGAAAUUGACCAGAUUUGUGUAUCUGGGUCAUUAAGUUAUUUAUAGUAUUGUACAAUUCAAAUACCAGCACAUAUCUUACAUUUAGUCAAAGAUUUUUGAUUAUAAUUGUCACUUCGGUGGUGGCCCACAAUCAAUGUAUUUAAAGUAAGCUGAUUUGUAUCAGAUUUUUAUUGCUCUCAGCUAUCAAUUUUACACUUAGAUCUGAAUAUAAUUGGUUUGACUGUUUUUAAAUCAUAUAUGAGAAAAGUUAAUGUCAUGAGCUUUACUUAACAGAACCUGAUAAAAGCGUUAAAGUUUAUAGCCACUGAAUUUCAAAUUAGAGGAGUAUAUUUAAUGUAUAGAAAAAAUGUUAAUCUGCAGUGUAUGUGCCCUUUUCUACCUCUAUCCCAGUAAUUUAAUUUAUUCAACUUUAAAACUACAAACAGUUCUUAUAACAUUCUGUAACUUUUCCAUAAAAAUUGCAUCAUUUCCAUAUAGUGCUUACAUUCGCAUAGUUUCAAGACAUAUUUAUUGAGAUAAAAAAGCACUUAAUGUCA